AUACAAUCAAUUUUUCGUAAAUAUUUCGUUAAUUUAUUUAGAAAUCCCACAGUUUAAUGCACGUUUGCCAACGCGAUUGCAACUCAAUAGCGAUUCACACGGCGAUCGAAUCAAUUUAAAUUUAAAUUUUAAAUUCAAUUUCAACCAAUGAGAAGCAAGAAACCAGUUGUAGCAGACGUCAUUGGAAUGUUUGAUCAAAAGUUAAAUAAAAACGACGAUAAAAGUUUUAAAAUUCCACUUCCGGCAGUUUGGAGGGAGCAACGAAAUUUCGCGGAAGAGUUCAGGAAAAUGUCAGAGGUGAAAAGGCUAGUAAUAUCGUUUGUCCAAUUUUUGGGGGAUCAGCUGCAGCACGGAAGUCUGUCGUCGGAUGCCAAAGAGAGCCUGGAAGUGGCAAUUCAGUGUCUACAGUCGGCGUAUGGAAUCUGUCCAAACAGUGCCGAUGAAGUAAACAAAAGCCAGUCUUUAUUACAGAUAUUUUCGGACGCUACUCGAGAGACUGUCGUAAGUACAUAAAUUUUACAUGUGACAUUUAUGUAGGCAUUUUUACGUCUUUAAUUUAUUUGCAAUCUUUACGUAUAUGAAAUUAAUUUGCAGACAGAAAGUUAAUGUAAUGAUACUGAAAUGUUUCUCUUGCUAUAGACACACACAAGACAGAACUCUGUCACUUUUUGAAUGUGUUUAAAUGUAAUGAAGUGUGGAAUACUGCAAAUAGAUUGGACGACAUAAAAAUGAAAUACAUAACAUUAUUUCCUUGGUUAAUUAUAAAAUGUAUCUGUUUAGUGGUCGUGAGUGAUUGAAUGCUAAUUAAUAUGUCGACAGUCUGCUUGAGAUAUUUGUGAGUUCUUGCAUAGAUCCUGCAUAUAUGCGGAUUUAGCAGUGGAUAAAGUAGGGAUUGAAUUUCAGCAAAAAUAAACCAUUUGUAUAUACUCUAGCAGAAGAUUUUAAUAAAACUAUAAAUGUUUUUGUCCAAAAAUGUUUGUUAAAAUCUUGUGCUGGAGUAAGUACAAAUGAGGGGUUGAAUUACAGUUUGGUUAUUCAGCAAUGAUUUUAUUCCGAUCGAAUAACCGAUUUGACGGGGGAACUUACUAUUCUUAUAUCGCAAUCAGUAGCUCUAACAAUUGUUUCUCAGUUACACUCUGCUAUAAGAAAAUUAAAUUUUUAACAAGUUCAAAUUACCAAGUGAAAUUUUUGUUAGUCAAAGUAUGAAAAUCGAUUGUUUCUUCUGUUUCUGUGUGUAGCGUCUUUGUAAUCCAAAUGUUAAUUUAAAUCGUUAAACGUUAAUUUUUUUUAAAUAAAUCGUAACAUUUUCCUAACUAAUUGCUGUUUGAUUAUCUACCAAAAUUAACGUACUUUUAGGUUUAUAAUUAAAAUUAAUUUAGAAAUAUCUCACCGUAGAAAGACUUUAAUGAGAUUCGGUUAGGAAAAUAGACAUUACCAAAUAAAAUCACAAUUGUAGUUGUAACAAGCAC